AAUCCUAGUAUUGCGUGUUUAGGAAUCAAGUAAACUGAUACUUCUGUAGACCGCAUGUCAAGACACGAUGGGUGAUCUAUGUUGUGGGCAUACUGUCGUAGCUCAGUUCGUGCUUUGAUUGAAUAGUAAUCAGGGGUCAACAAUCCAAGACUCCACAUACAAGCUCGAGUAAUAAGUAAUCAGCAACAUUUUGAUAGACCUGGGAGGCACUCACAAGUCCUGACGAUUAAUCAUCGUCAGUGAUUGCGGAAGAAAGCAACUUCCGCAUGCCUGCAGACAGGAAUAUAACAAGGCUGGAGUGGGCGCUCCAGCAGUACAGUCAACAUCACUCAAGCCUUCGAUACACAACCCUGUUGAUCCAACACUUCACCAAAAUCUAACAAACCGACAAGAUGCCCCUCUGGCUGAUCUUUCACCCUGACGGCACGUUCGAGGACGAUGCAUCCAAAGAAGCCCUCUCAGCCGACAUCACCAAGAUAUACACAGGUGUUGGCCUUCCCGCUUUCUACGUCGUUGUCAACUUCAUCAAAAUGCCUGGCAGCACCGUGUGGGUGGGCGGCAAGAAGCUAAGCAAAGAGAAGCCAUUCAUUCGAGUCGCAAUCGAGCACAUCGCCGUAACCCUACCGAACGAAGACAAAGUCUACCAGAAAACGGCCAAUGCGGUAGACGCUGCUCUCAAACCGCAUGUUGGCGACAAAGGCUACGACUGGGAGUUCCAUAUCGACGAGACAGAGAGGAGACUGUGGAAGAUCAACGGCAUGUUUCCUCCGGCGUUCAAGAGCGAGGAAGAGAAGAUCUGGGUGACGGAAAAUCGGGCUGUCCCUCUGGAGAAGCUCUGAGACGUAAAUAGACAUUGAAGGUGAAGGAAGGUUGGUCUCUUGAUACAGCUGCCCCAAGUGUGAUGAAGUUGCGUGAGGUGUAGCAUUGUGAUUGGCGUGCAUAUCCGAGAA